AAUUCUUCAUCUCGCGGCUGCCUGACUUCCUUCCGUGCAUUCUUGCACUCCGUCCACGUCCACACUGCCCCACAGAUCAGACCCUGAAGCCCGCCGCUGCCCCCACCAGCCUCUCAAGCAGGGCCUUGCCACGGUGCCGGCAGGUGCCCUGGGCCGGGGGUUCCCUCCAGGCUCGCAGCCCUGAGACCUCCGAGGGCCACCCCUCGAGGGCGGCCAGGCCCCCGGUGGCCAGCCCGAGUGCUGCCUCUGCCCCCACCCCUGCUGGGUCCAGGUCUCGCUGGUCCCCCAGAUGCCUGGCUGAGACCCAGCAGUGGCCCAGGCUGCCCACACCUCCUCCUCCUGGCCCCCGAGGUAGGCUGUGCAGCCGACAACUCCUUGGGCGUCAGGCAGCUAACGGACGCAGCCGCCAGCCCGAGCAGCAGCGGCAUGGGCAGCGCCAGCCCGGGCCUGAGCAGCGUGCCCCCUGGCCGCCUCCUGCUGCCUCCCGACGCCGUGUCGCGGACGGGCUUGGAGAAGGUGGCCGCGGGGGCGGCGGGGCCCGAGCGACGGGACUGGAGUCCCAGCCCCCCAGCCACGCCUGAGCAGGGCCUGUCCGCCUUCUAUCUCUCCUACUUCGACAUGCUGUACCCCGAGGACGGCAGCUGGGCGGGCAAAGGCCCUGGGGCCGGUGCUCGGGGGGAGCCGCCCGAGGAGCCCGAGCAGUGCCCGGUCAUCGACAGCCAGGCCCCGGGGGGCGGCCUGGACUUGGUGCCGGCCGGGCUGGCGCUGGAGGAGCACUCGCUGGAGCAGGUGCAGUCCAUGGUGGUGGGCGAGGUGCUCAAGGACAUCGAGACAGCCUGCAAGUUGCUCAACAUCACCCCAGACCCCGUGGACUGGAGCCCUGGCAACGUGCAGAAGUGGCUCCUGUGGACGGAACACCAGUACCGGCUGCCCCCCGUGGGCAAGGCCUUCCAGGAGCUGGGGGGCAAGGAGCUGUGCGCCAUGUCAGAGGAGCAGUUCCGCCAGCGCUCGCCCCUGGGCGGGGAUGUACUGCACGCCCACCUGGACAUCUGGAAGUCAGCUCCCCCAGGCAUCUUCAAAAUCGAGGACUCUGCCCAGGUGGCCCGGCUGUGGGGCAUUCGCAAGAACCGUCCUGCCAUGAACUACGACAAGCUGAGCCGCUCCAUCCGCCAGUAUUACAAGAAGGGCAUCAUCCGGAAGCCGGACAUCUCUCAGCGCCUCGUCUACCAGUUUGUGCACCCCAUCUGA